AUGAUAACAGAUGAGCAGAAAGAUGUUUACGAAGAGAUUUUGGAUGCUGUUUUGAACAACAAAUGUGGUGUUUUCUUUGUAUAUGGUCUUGGAGGUACUGGUAAAACAUUUAUUUGGAGUUGUCUUUCAACCGUUAUUCGAUCUAGAGGUAAGAUAGUAAUCAACACUGCCGCUGAACUUAAAGCAUUCUCUGAAUGGAUAUUAGCUGUUGGUGAUGGUAAAAUCAAUACUCCAAAUGAUGGAGUUGUGGAUAUUGACAUUUCAGAAGAUUUGUUGAUCAAAGAUUGUGGCGAUCCAAUGAAAACUAUUGUUAAAGAAAUGUAUGGAAACUUAAUAGAUAGUCAACAUGCUGAAGACUUUUAUCAACAUCGUGCUAUUCUGAGUCCCACAAACGAAGAGGUUGAUCAAAUUAACGAUUAUAUGUUCUCAUUGCUGCCAGGUGAAGAAGAAACCCAUCUAAUAAGGUAA